AAAACAACCCCACACCUGUCCCUUUAUUAUUAAAUUUCACUCUUCAUUCAUUAUUCACUUUUUCAUUUCAUUCUCUCUCAAACAAAUCACAUUUCCUUUCCAAUGGCUGAUCAUAACCAAACCUCACCCACAUUUCUAAGAAAGCUUCAAGACAAUCUCCACUCCCCAAACUCAACCCAGCUUGCAGGUCUCUUAACCCUACUCGUCACUGGAUCCAUUUUCCUCCUCCUUACCGGUCUAACUGUCGCCGCCACCGUCGUCUCCCUCAUCUUCUUCUCCCCAUUGAUCAUCGUUUCAAGCCCAAUAUGGGUCCCAGCUGGUACCUUUCUCUUCCUCCUUGCUGCUGGAUUCUUGUCCAUGUGUGGAUUUGGUGUUGUUGCUGUAGCUGCUUCCUCUUGGUUCUAUCGUUACUUUAGAGGUCUUCAUCCUCCCGGUUCGGACCGGGUUGAUUAUGCAAGGAACCGCCUUUAUGAUACUGCUUCUCAUGUUAAAGAUUAUGCAAGAGAAUAUGGUGGUUAUUUGCAGAGUAAGGUUAAGGAUGCAGCUCCUGGUGCUUGAUUGAACCAAACCGGUUCGGUUGGUUGGUUGGUUCACUAGCUUAUACUAUCAUAUAUUUAUAUUCAACCGGGUUUUUUUGUUUUGUUUUGUUUUGUUUAUUUUUAUAUAUGUAUGGUUCAAUAUUAAGUUAAGGUGUGUGUACGUAAUCAUAAUUGUUAGUGGAAUUAAGUUAUGUCAUCUUUAUAUUCUUUUGUUA